UAAUAGUUGAGGGACCAACUGUAGUUUGGAUGUAAAGCGCGAGCGCGAGCGGGGGAUCGUCUCUCUCUCGAAGAAUCCGCGUUGAGAACUGGAACUCGCUCCGUUUUGUCUCUGUGAAUUUAAUUUUUCCAGUGAUCCGAAUCUCUCCACUCUUUCUCACCACCUCGCGAACCUCAAAUCAUUGGUGGAGACGCUUCAGAAGUCCAGAGGUUACGGCCUCAGGUCCUUCUUCACCCGCCGUUUCGCGACUAAUUCGGUGUCUCAAGUCGCGGGUUCAAUCGAGUCGGAGAUUCAAGCCUGGAUUGACCGCGAGAGCUUGGAGACUCUGGUUCGAGCUCUUAAAGAGCCCUCAAUCGACGAGAACGAAUCGAUUAAGCUACUGACUCAGUUCGAAAAUCGACUUGAUCAAGGCUUCAACCGCGAGCUACAGGAUCUCAUGCUCAAAUCCAAGGUGUUUUCGCUGCUCGAAUCGAUCGUUUGCAGCCCUAAUUUCUCGAAAACGAUCCGAGAGCACUCAGCGUACGCGAUUGGGGCUAUGGUCCGUUUCAACAAAGACGUAUUCGUCGGUCAAGUACUAACGGGACCCACGAUUCACGCUCUAGUUCAAAUGGCCUCCUCGCACUCAUUAAAAGUCCUCUGUUCCUUGAUCAGAUUGAUUAGGUCUCCGCUGGUCGAGGAGAUCGAGUCAAACGGCGACAUACCAAAAAUCAUAAGCUUAUUGAAUUGCCAAGACCUACAAAUUAGGGUACUAGCGAUGGAUUGCAUUGUUGAAAUCGGUUAUUUUGGGCGAAAAGAAGCGGUGGACACUAUGCUGGACGAGGGUCUGAUAGACAGGCUAGUGGAGUUGCAGAGGUCGGAAUUGGGCGGAGAUUUGAUCGGAUUGGGAAGGCAGACGGCGGAGGAGGGCACAGGGGUGGCCGCCGGCGAGGUGGAGGGAAGGAGAGAAGGCAGAGAAAGCAGAGAGAAGAAGUUUUUGGAGAGGCAUCCAUUUGCGAGCUGUGUAGCAAGAUUUACAGUGCAAUUGGAGGUAGGAGAGGGGCUGAGGCAGAGGGAAAAGAGGGCCAUUAAGCCUGAAAUAUUGAAGAGAGUUACAAAAGCUUGUGUUUCUGAUGCUGAGGCUGCCACUAUAAUGGCUGAGGUUUUGUGGGGUUCUAGUCCUUGAAUUUCAGAUCAGAUGGAUAAGGUAAGUCACCAUUUAAUUUGUUUUAGGGCUGGGAUGUUGAUCUCUGUGGAUAUGUGCAUCUAAGAAUUUCAUGUUAGAAUCUAAUAAAUCAAAUUUAUGUAAUUAGAAAUAGUUGACUGAAAUAAUAUUUAUGUAAUUAGAAAUCGGUAAUUGCUGGAUUAACUAUUUUGAUUGAAAUAGUUUAUUUUUGAAAAA